CCUGUCAUCGACUUCGCCGCCGGCCGCCGCCGCCACCUCGUCGUCGAUGAGAUCAUCAAGGCCGGCAAAGAGUUCGGCUUCUUCCAGGUUGUGAACCAUGGCGUGGGCGACGAGGUGGUCGGGGCGUUCCGGUCCGCGGCGGCGGAGUUCUUCGCGAUGCCGGCGGAGGAGAAGCUCCCCUACUGCUCCGACGACCUCACCAAAUCGUUCCGCGUCGACACCAGCACCGCCUACGUCCUCGAUCGUAGCGGCGGCGGUCGGUACUGGCGCGACUACCUCCAGCUGCAGUGCUUCCCCGUUGACAGGUUUUCGCAGGACUGGCCGGCCAAGCCGGCCGGCUUCGUACCCAGCCUGGCCGCGUACGCCACAGCGGUGCAGACGCUGGCCGCCACGCUGCUCGGGCUCAUUGCCGAGGGGCUCGGGCUGGAGGAGAGCUUCUUCCGCGGCGAGCUCACCGGCGGCGGGACGCUGAUGAACGUGAACUGGUACCCGCCGUGCCCGGACCCGAGCCUGACGCUGGGCCUGCUGCCGCACUGCGACCGACCACUCCUGACCGUGCUGUCGCAGGGCGACGUCAGCGGCCUCCAGGCCAAGCACAAGGGCCGGUGGAUCGCCGUGCAGCCCGUCCCAAACGCUUUCGUCAUCAACUUCGGCCACCUGAUGGAGAUCGUGACGAACGGGUUGCUUCAGAGCGUAGAGCACCGCGCAGUGACCAACUCCAGUGCGGCGAGGUUGUCGGUGGUGACCAUCAUGUUGCCGGACAUGGACUGCCGCAUCGAGCCGGCGCCGGCGCUGGCGACCGAGGAGGAGCAGGCCAAAUUCAGGCCGUUCCACUUUCAGGAGUUCAACGAGGCGUACACCGCCGCCGCAGCCAACCGGGAGGACGUGCUCCAGCGCUUUAGGAUCCACCCUGCUGGUACAAUGGAGUGAC